GCUAUCGCGCGCAGCACGCUUAGGGAGGGCAUGGCGGCAGCGGCGGCUGCUGGGUGCGGGACGCCCAGAGAGGAGGACGCUCCGGGAGGGGAGGUAGCAGCCUCGCAGGCCCAAGCCCCGACGAGUGCACCCGGAGGGGCUCGCCUCUCGAGGCUGCCUCUGGCGAGAGUAAAGGCCUUGGUGAAGGCAGACCCUGACGUAACGCUGGCGGGACAGGAAGCCAUCUUUAUCCUGGCGCGUGCCGCGGAACUGUUCGUGGAGACUAUUGCAAAAGAUGCCUACUGCUGUGCUCAACAAGGAAAGAGGAAAACUCUCCAGAGGAGAGAUUUGGAUAAUGCAAUAGAAGCUGUGGAUGAAUUUGCUUUCCUAGAAGGCACUUUGGAUUGAUUGUGGAGCUGGAUGAUUUUGUGAGCUUUGCUGCUUCCGUCAUCUUUCCCCUCUGUAAGCCUCAGCUUUGGAGAGAGUCUGCACAUGUGUACAAUCUUCUUAAUCUUUUACCCAAAAUAGAAGAAGCAGAGAUCUCUUGGAUAACAUUCUCCACAAAGUCUUCCAUUACUUGAGUCUGUCUUCCAAUUCAAGCCUGGAUGUAGCUGAUGCUGUUUGGGGCAGAGAUGAAAGGACUGUUCUGCAUAGGUGGUUUAAUGAGCACAGAAGACUAGAAUAAAGGUCUUUGGUUAGCUUCAUUCCUGUGUUUUAUAUUGCCUUUGCUCUUGCCCUGUGACCUGGAACCCAUGUGAUCAGGCACAGACCUUCCUCAUCUUUCUACCAACCAUCCCAAGUCAGUCUUUUUAUUUGUCUCUCUCAGCAUGGCAUUGGAAUGUGGAUCGAUAAUAUAUGGGAAACCUUUUCUCCUUAGGAGUCCAAUCGAUGUGGUCCCAACAGUUUUAUUGAAGUAUAAUUCAUGUGUCAUAUUCAAUUCAAACUGUAAAGUUCAGUGGCUUUUUAAAAAACUACUCAUAGGUAUAUGUAGUGAGAUUUUGAACAUUUUCCUGUGAAUGGAUUCACAUGAGUCUUGUGUAUGACAAAAUUUAGAUAAUGUUAUUUAAAUUUUAUCUAUGCUAUGAUAUGUAUUUGUACCCUUUCCUUUAAGUUGUGAAAUAUAUAUAAUAUAAAGCUUCCCAUUUUAACUGCUUUUCAGUGUGUUGCUCAGUGAGAUUGAAUAUAUUCAGAGUGUUGCACAACCAUCCCCAUCAUUGGCCUCCAGAACUUUGUAACAGUGUUCUCAGCCUGGAACACCAUGCACAUGGAACAUAACUUCCUUUCCUUUUCUCAUCUCAUGCCAGGCUAAUUGAUUUCUUUGUUUUUGUGAGGUGUGGGCAGUGUACUUGGAGUACUUAGAAUGUAGUGCUUCAGGAAAGCAGCAGAAAGCCCUGGCUAGAGCUUCCGACAGUAUUCUGCAGCAUAGAUCUCUUAGGAUACAGAAUCUGCAUGAUCUUUCCUCUAGAAUAAUAGAUUCAGUCCUGUAAUAUGUUAAAAAUAAACUUGCAGAAAAAUACUAGAUUUGUAGAAAAGUGGUUUUAGGUCUUGCUUACCAAGUCCUCCCAAGACGGACAUUUCAGGGUUACCAGGAACUGACAUUUAUGGCUUAUUCAUUGGGUUCCAGUUUUUAUUUGAGUUCACUUUUUUUCCAUUAAUAUCCUUUGGUUUGAGAUCUAAUCCAGAGCAUUAAAUUGUUUUUGCUUCUAGAGUCUCCUCAGUCUUUCUUGAAGUGUCUUAGUUUUGUUUUUAAUUUGUGUGUGUUUACAUAUGGGGAGACCUACUUUCAAAUCAUUGGGCAGCAAGUGACUUUAUCUGCUGAUCCAUCUUGCCUGUUCCCUUGUUGGUUUGUCAGUCUGUCUCUUUAUUUAAUUGUGAGUCUGUGCCUGUGCCUAUGGGUAUGCCACAUUGUGGGAGCAGGUUCCUUUUCUUGUUGAGCCAUCUUGCUGACCUAUAGCUGGAGUUUUGUCUGCAUUGCUUUGUGUUCCUGGAUGGUCGCAUGCAUGCACAUACCCAGGAGCUAAUUCGGAUCCCUAAAUAGAAAACACAUGUGCACCAGUUAUUCUUAAAAUGCCUUGGCUAACUCAGUGACUAGGCACUCUUAAAUCUUCCCCUAUUACCCUAGGCCCAGUCGGGGAAGUGGCCAGUAGCCACUUAACCUGAAAUCUUAUAUGACUGGUUGGCUUUAUCUCCUCCACUACUACAUUCUCUUCUCCAGUCUUCUGAUUCUCUGUGUCCUACCUGCGCAACUCUAGUGUCCCACCCAGUGCUCAGUCAUUGGCUAUUGGCAUCUAUAUUGAUAGAUCAAAAUCCAACUGGGGGCAAGGACCUUCAGUGUCAGUAAACAGAUUCUUGAUGAAAGCAUCAGAACCACCCUCUACAUCUCAUCUUUUCUGUCCAAUUUAAAAACAACCAAAUUCUUAGACAUAAAUUGAGCAGAACCAUAACAAUCAUGUAAAUUGCAGAGUAUGAUAUACAGUUAGCAUCUAGUCGAUCAUAUUUGUCAAUUCAAUAAAGUACUGUGCCAUCAUUCCUAACUUAAAGAGUAUAAUUCUGUCCCUGAAUUAUGUUUAGAUUUUAGCCUGUAACACCAUCUGAAAACCAUGUUUUUACUUCUGUAUCAUCUUUAAUGUUUAACAACUUUUAUUUUAGGUUUGCUUAUGGGACUAUAAUUAGUCUUCAAUCUUGUCAGAAAUCUGGGAAUGAGUUAAAUAUUACCUGAGUAUAUAGGAAGCAUCAAACAUAGCUUCUAAAACUUAAAUUGUAGAGACUGAUGACUGCCUGAAUAGCCCCCUAAUUUCUUUCAACAUAAGAGCAUCUGUGUUCAAUCUUCUGGCCCAGGAUCAUCUAACAGACCUUUGUAAAGGAGAAUAUAUGAAGGACUAGCUUACCCUGUCUUGGUAGAGCUUAGUAGUCAACUAUCCCACAUAGUGUGUCCUUUUCUCCAGACAGUAUUUUGUCUGCAGAUGAAAUAGGCAAUUUCUGACCUGUAGCUAUCUUGCCACAAUAAGCACCCUUGUCUGGAGGUGAAGAUGCUCAAUUCUUUGAAGGAGAAUGAGGAAUCUGUCAGCAGCAGACAUGUCACAUUGUCAAAUGAACCUUAAUAAUGAAAUAACAUUAAAUGUCAUAUUCUGGAUUUCUGAUGUUUUUGAAGAUUGUCUAUAUAUCUGAAUAAAGUGUACUGAACUGUUAAACCAUGA